AUGUUAAUUCAAGAAAAAUUAUUUCUUUUUUUUUUCCUGAAUAGGAAUUCAAGUGGCCUGGUUUCCGCAGAUGUUCGUCUCACGUUUUCAGAGCAGUUCCACAUCCGUCAUACGAACUAUUUUUACAGUUUCCUCUCCGAAAAUGAACGCUUAGGGUCAAUGCCAAUACGCGUCAUCAAUGAUACAAGUAAGUUAUAUAUCAAGAAAGGUCUCAGUAGCCCAUUACAAAGAAAUUUUCGAUAGGUGAGGAAAAUUACUAUAAAUUUCCAUGAGUUUUUUGAUAAUUAUACAGCGUUAAAUAGGUGAUUGCAUCAAUAAAUAACAAGACGAUCAUUUCCUCUUCCAGUUCCAGGAAAGCCGCCCAGGAAAAUAAACGUCACCGUAGGAGGGUCAACGGUGCUUCAUGUCUCAUGGUUAUCUGAGAGAACACAACAGAUGAUAGAGAACUGGGGACUAAGGGUCAUUUACAAAGCCGCUGAUAACAUUACACGCUCUGUCAUAGUAAAUGAUAACCAAUCAGAAGUUAAAAUAUCAAAACUACAACCUGGUACCACAUACACGAUUUGGACCGUACGCGUGACUUCAAAAGGGUUCGGGCUUCCCUCUAAAGCCCGCAAUAUCACCACACCACAUCAAGGUGAAACUAGAAAAACAAUGAAAACAAAAUUAAGAAAUAUGUCAACCAAUUCUCACAGGCGAGGAAAAGAAAAAUAAUCGAGUCUCUGAGAGGCCCAGCCAGUUCUAGGCGGACAGAAAGCCUGUCUGCUAACUCGGCCUUACAAUAGGUUCACCUGCGACUGGAAAACAGAAAAUUGUCCUCCUUUUUUCAGAUCAAAGAACUUCCUUUCGUGUGCAUUUUUCCUUUUUUAUGAUUUUGGUGGCGCUUACGAUUCAAAGUUUUCAAUGACGUGUUUAUAUCUUAAGUUUUAAUUUUUCAUGGAUUUGCCUAUGUUUCAUGUCGCAUUCAACAUUUAUCCAUCGAAACGAAUUUGCAACCAUUUGGCGAUGGUUGCAGAAAUGUUCAACAUGGGAUAAGUGGAGUUUAGCAGAGGCCACAAUUACAUCGAAAUACAAAAACUGUUCAUCGUAACCACUGAAUAAAAUAUCAAUGUGAUAUCUUUGUUUUCCAGCAUCAGUCUUAAAUCAAAUGGAAUAUAAUAAUGAUAAGAAUCCCAGUGGGCAGGAGUCAAACCAGCUGGCUGUUUACAAAAGUUGCCCACGACCUCCAGAUAGCGUGUCCAACAUUCUAACCACUCUCUCACUACUUCCGCUUUCUCCCAGUUCAAUCGCGGAAAAAAAUUAUUCAAUAAAAUUUCUUGUUUGUUUUUAGCUCCACAAGAUAUCAUCAUACAUUUCAGAGUGUUGCUGAUAAAUGUGUCAUGGGAAGCUCAGCUUGGAAACAAGAGUAGCGAAACUUCUAGGAAUUUGUCAUCCGUCAUAGAAAACAGCGUAAGCAAU